AUGCUUCCCCCUGUUCCUCGACCAGCAGACUACGGGGUCUCCCCUGACAGAGGCUUCCUCCCUACCGAAAAUCCCAUACAAUGCCUCCCACAUCCUGUGUACGACCGCUGGGAGCGGAUCAUGAACAACUUCCAGUCCCUCCUCCUCUCCAAAAGACUGCGGACUGUGAUUGAUAGGCUACCCAUUAUACCUGCGGUCCAUCUCGAGACGGAAGCCGAGUGGCGCAGAGCAUAUAGUAUUCUCACGUUCAUGGCCCAUGGCUACAUCUGGGGCGGAGACAAACCAUCAGAACGAUUACCACCGUCCAUAACCUAUCCGCUGCUCCAGGUGUCAGACCACCUCGAACUCCCUCCAGUCGCAACAUACGCCAGUGUUUGCUUGUGGAAUUUCAAACCCAUCUUUCUCUCCGAAGACCUCGACCUCGACAAUCUCUCCACACUGACCACCUUCACUGGCUCGCUAGACGAACAGUGGUUCUACCUAGUCAGCGUGGCUAUGGAGGCAAAAGGUGGGCAGGCCAUACCGAUCAUGUUGAAUGCCAUCCAAGCCGCAAGAGACGAUGACUGCGCAACGGUCACAAAGAGCCUACAAUCAUUUGCCCAGACAUUGGAUGAGCUUGGCACUCUGCUGGUCAGGAUGUACGAAAAUUGCGAUCCGCACGUCUUCUACCAUCGGAUAAGACCCUUCCUUGCAGGAAGCAAAAACAUGAAAGAUGCAGGCUUACCUCAAGGUGUUUUCUACGAUGAUGGUAGCCGUAGAGCAACAUGGCGUCAGUACGGCGGUGGCUCCAACGCACAAAGCAGCAUGAUACAGUUUUUUGACAUCGUUCUGGGCGUCGAGCAUCGACCGACGGGUUCCAAAAAGGAUGAAACGUCAGAGUCGGAGCUCGAGCAAGGAGCGGCCCCGCGACCUCGACAUAACUUUAUCCAUGAGAUGAGGCAAUACAUGCCCGGGCCGCACAGAAGGUUCCUCCAAGCUGUUGAAGGGGUUGCCAACAUUCGAGAUUAUGUCGAGAACAACAAAUCCAACAAGGAGUUGUGCAUUGCAUACGACGCAUGUUUGGCGAUGCUAAGGGCUUUACGGGACAAACACAUUCAGGUGGUGUCCAGAUAUAUCAUCGUUAAAAGCAGAGAGUCUAGAAGUCUCAGCAGGACGCGUCGAGAAAGCAGCUCUGAUCACGCUCCGAUGGCGAGAGGAAUCGCCGCAGUCCGCUACGACCAGCCCGGUACAACCGACCAGGCGCAGAGGAAGAAGAAGAUGCGCGGUACAGGAGGAACAGCCCUCAUUCCGUUCCUGAAGCAGGCCCGGGACGAGACCGGCGAACCAGCAAUAGACGAGUGGGCGAGAAAAUUGCUCACUGGUGGCCGACGUACUGCAGCAGAUGCAGAGAUCGCACUCGAGAGCAGGCUCACAGCUGCUGAUCUGGAUGCUGAUGAGCCUCAGAUUGUUGGUCUGGCUGGUGCUUGGAGUAUGGAAGACGCUGGCGGCGGUCUUUGUUCCUACUAG